AUAAAGGGCACAACGCUCUCCGCCUCUCCGUCCUCUCCCUCCAUUCACCGCCGCCGCUGCCUUCCGAAUCCCCUCUUCUUCUCCGAGUUUUGAUCACUACCUGCAGCCAUGGGUAAGGAGAAGACGCACAUCAACAUUGUGGUCAUUGGCCAUGUCGACUCCGGCAAGUCGACCACCACCGGCCACCUGAUCUACAAGCUUGGAGGCAUCGACAAGCGGGUGAUCGAGAGGUUCGAGAAGGAGGCCGCUGAGAUGAACAAGAGGUCGUUCAAGUACGCGUGGGUGCUUGACAAGCUGAAGGCGGAGCGUGAGCGCGGUAUCACCAUCGACAUUGCCCUGUGGAAGUUCGAGACCACCAAGUACUACUGCACGGUCAUCGAUGCCCCCGGACACCGUGACUUCAUCAAGAACAUGAUUACUGGUACCUCCCAGGCUGACUGUGCCGUGCUCAUCAUUGACUCCACCACUGGUGGUUUUGAGGCUGGUAUCUCCAAGGAUGGCCAGACCCGUGAGCAUGCCCUUCUUGCUUUCACUCUUGGAGUGAAGCAGAUGAUCUGCUGCUGCAACAAGAUGGAUGCCACCACUCCCAAGUACUCCAAGGCCCGUUAUGAUGAAAUUGUGAAGGAAGUCUCUUCAUACCUGAAGAAGGUCGGCUACAACCCUGACAAAAUCCCCUUCGUUCCCAUCUCUGGUUUCGAGGGUGACAAUAUGAUUGAGAGGUCCACCAACCUUGACUGGUACAAGGGCCCAACCCUCCUGGAGGCUCUUGACCAGAUCAACGAGCCCAAGAGGCCGUCCGACAAGCCCCUGCGUCUUCCCCUUCAGGAUGUGUACAAGAUUGGUGGUAUUGGAACUGUGCCUGUGGGUCGUGUUGAGACUGGUAUCCUCAAGCCUGGUAUGGUUGUCACUUUUGGUCCCAGCGGCUUGACCACUGAGGUUAAGUCUGUUGAGAUGCACCAUGAGGCUCUCCAGGAGGCCCUUCCUGGUGACAACGUUGGGUUCAACGUCAAGAACGUUGCAGUCAAGGAUCUGAAGCGUGGUUAUGUAGCUUCCAACUCCAAGGAUGACCCUGCCAAGGAAGCUGCCAGCUUCACCUCCCAGGUCAUCAUCAUGAACCACCCUGGGCAGAUCGGCAAUGGCUACGCCCCAGUGCUGGACUGCCACACCUCCCACAUUGCUGUGAAGUUCGCUGAGCUGGUGACCAAGAUUGACAGACGAUCUGGUAAGGAGCUGGAGAAGGAGCCCAAGUUCCUGAAGAACGGUGAUGCUGGUAUGGUGAAGAUGAUUCCCACCAAGCCCAUGGUGGUGGAGACCUUCUCUGAGUACCCUCCUCUUGGCCGUUUCGCCGUCCGUGACAUGAGGCAGACGGUUGCUGUUGGUGUCAUCAAGAACGUGGAGAAGAAGGACCCAACCGGUGCCAAGGUCACCAAGGCUGCUGCCAAGAAGAAAUGAGAUGCUUGAUGGUUGAACGCAUGUCCGCUUCUCGGAUAUUUAGUAGAUGUGUCUUGUGGUAAGUUUUGGCCAUUGAACUUGCAGGUUUAACAGUUUUUCAGCUGUUGGUACUGCCGGUGAUGCAACCUGUUGCCUAUCGUUAAAAUACCUUUUAAUUUCGGCUUAUGCCAUUCUGGAUGCUUUAAGAGACUAAUUUGUGCCAAUUGUUGGCUGUUGGAUGCUGAGUCCGUACUAUUUUAAAGCAAUGUUUGGAAAGUAUCAAAUGUUUUUAA